CCAGACUCGGCUAGGCGUGGAGUUUGGCUAGGCGUAAUUAGUCACGUGACAGCGCGGCUUCGCGUCCGAGGCUUCACGAUGCCCAACUACAGCGUUCGGCGGGCGUUCGCCGCGGGGGUGCUCGCGUGCUUCGUCACGUUUCUGCUCACCGAUCCGCUGAAGCGCAGCCCGAUCGCGCAUCUGCCGUUCGAACCCAUGGAGCACGAAGCCCCCCCGCGAAUGUGGCCGCCGUUCAUCGAUCUGACCGAGAAGCUUACCUACGCGGAGCGCAGGUACGAGGGGCAGGGCUUCGGGCCGGAGAGUCUGGCGUGGGAUCUGGACGGGCGAGGGCCGUACGCGGGGCUCAGCGACGGCCGCGUGGUGCGGCGCAACGCCGACGACACCGCCUGGGAGACUUUCGCCUGGGCCUCGCCCUCACGGACCCCGGAAUUAUGCGAUCCGAAGCCGGUGGAGCUGGAGGAGGGUAAAUCACCCAUCGUAUAUGGGCUCAACAUGACCAUCGUGCCCAAUCUAACCCUGGAGCACAUCUGCGGGCGGCCGCUGGGAAUGCGGUUCCAUCCGGUGACGGGCGAUCUGUGGUUCGCGGAUGCGUACUUCGGGCUGUGCAAGGUGGGGCGGCAGGGCGGGCAGGCGCAAGUGGUGGUGGCACACGUGGAGGGCGGCCGCUGCUGUUCGCCAACGACCUCGAUAUUGCCGCCAGCGACGAGAAUGGCACCAUCUACUUCACCGACACCAGCACGCGCUUCCAACGCAGGAAUUUCUUUGUGGCGAUAAUGGAGGGGUGGGCGGACGGGCGGCUGAUGAGGCUGGACAUUGCGACGGGCAAGGUGGAGGUGAUCAUGAGGAACCUCGCCUUUGCCAAUGGCGUUGCGCUCUCCAAAGACAAGUCCUUCCUCAUUGUCUGCGAAACCACCCGGGCCAGGUGCAUGCGCUACUGGAUCAAGGGCCCUAAGGCGGGCAGCAGCGAGCUCUUCCUGGACCUGCCCGGGCUGCCUGACAACAUUCGCCUCAACCCCCGCGGCCGUUUCUGGAUCGCUCUCCACGCCAAACGAGGCGUCAUCAUUGACAUCCUGACCACGCGCCCAUGGCUACGCCGCAUCAUGAUGCGGCUGCCACUCGAGGUCAAAAUCCUAUACGGCAUCAUCAUAGGUGCGCCGCACGGGUACCUGAUAGAGGUGGAUGAGAACGGGGAGAUCACCGAGGUCCUGGAGGACAGCCUGGGGCUCGUGGUGCGUGCGAUCAGCGAGGUGGAGGAGAGAGGGGGGCGGCUGUGGAUGGGGUCCGUCAUCAUGCCGCACGUGGCGGUGGUGGACUACCCGGUCAAGGUGAAGCUGCCGGGAAGCACGGGCAGCAGGGGGAGAAGGGAGAGGCAGAGGAGGAGGGUGCUGUGGGUGAGAAGGAAGAGGAGGAGGAGGAGGAGGAGGAGGAGGGGGAGGGGGAGGGCGAAACAAAGGAUGAGCUGUGAAGUGUCCCUGUUACGAGUGCUAGAGGACAGCCUAGGUCUGUUGGUGCGCGAGGUGGAGGAGAGGCUAUGGAUGGGGUCCGUCAUCAUGCCACAUGUGUGGCGGUGGUGGACUACCCAGUCAAGGUCAAGCUGGGGGCAGCAGGGGGAGGAAGGAGAGGUGGAGGGUGGUGCAGUGGGUGGGAAGGAAGAGGAUGGUUCUGGUGACGGUGGUGGUGAUAGCUAGGAUGAAAGCAUCCUACUGGUUGGUUGCAUGGUAGGAGUGCAUUCAGGAGAUAUCGGUAGUUGUGUACUCCAUACUAAAUGUAGUUGAAAUAAAAUCCUCCGAUUUGU